GCUAAUGCAGGGAACACAGGUUCGAUCCCUGGCUGCGGAGCAACUAAACCUGUGCGCCACAACUACUGAACCUGCACUCUAGAGCCUGUGAGCCACAGCUGCUCAGCCCAUGUGCCACAACUACUGAAGCCGGUGUACCUAGAGCCUGUGCUCUGCAACAAGAGAAGCCACAACAAUGUGAAACCCACGCACCACAACGAAGAGUAGCCCCCACUCACCACAACUAGAGAAAGUCCACGCAAAGCAACAAAGACCAAACACAGCCAAAAAAUAAAUGUGUAUAUUUUUAAAAGACCGAACUAACUUUUUGGCCAGCCCAGUGUUUUAGGCUCUGAGCCAUACUGCUUUCCAUUACAACUACUUACUUCUGCAGUUAUAGCUUAAAAGCCACCACAGAUGAUACUUAAAAAAUGGGUAUGACCAUUUUUCCAGUAAAACAUUGUAUAUAAAAACAGGUCCCAUCCCUGCUCUCGGCCACCGUGUUUUGCUUGGAGGAUACAACAGGCUCAUGACUGGUCUCUGCACCUUCCCAUCCAGUAGCCAGAGUAAUCUUUUAAAACCUCAAAUCUGAUCCUUACUUACUCAGAAUCUUCCAGUGGCUCAUUAUUGAUCUUAGAAUCAAAGCUCCCAAUUCACUUUGCAGUCUCUCCCAACUCCCCAUCCCACCAAUCCUGUUCCAGCCAUGCUGAAUUACUUGUAAUUUCACGGACUUUUGCUUCUGGCCUCUUAUUCAAGCUAUUUCCAACUGGGACCUCCUCUACAAAGACUUCCCUACACAUUAGGUGUUCCUCCUUUGUAUUUUGCCCAGUCUCCAGUUGUUUCAUCAUGAAGGCAGUAAAUGUUGAUGAAUUUUGCUUCCCUGCAGACCCUGCCCAACAUCUCUGAUCUCUGUCUGAGGGAUGUGCCCCCAGUCCCUACUCUGGCUGACAUCGCCUGGAUUGCUGCAGAUGAAGAGGAGACUUAUGCCCGGGUCAGGAGCGAUACACGCCCCCUGAGGCACACCUGGAAGCCCAGCCCUCUGAUCAUCAUUCAGCGCAAUGCCUCAGUGCCCAACCUCCGUGGGUCAGAGGAGAGGCUCCUGGCCUUGAAGAAGCCGGCCCUGCCGGCCCUCAGCCGCACCACAGAGCUGCAGGAGGAGCUGAGCCACCUGCGCAGCCAGAUUGCUAAAAUAGUGGCAGCUGAUGCAGGAAGUUCAAAUGUCUCUUCUCCCUUACCUUGUUUUGGAUCCUCAUUCCACUCUACAACUUCCUCUUUGGGGAGAACCAAGGAAAGGCAACUAGAGUGGAUUUGCAAGAUCUGCCAUUGCCCAGGAUGGGAAAGCAAUGAUUAA